AUGUUCUUUUCCGGCGAUCCGUCCUCACGUAAACGGGUGGAUUUAGGUGGCCGGAGUUCCAAAGAGAGAGACAGGCAGAAGCUUCUGGAGCAGACGCGAUUGGAAAGAAACCGGCGUCUAUGGAUGCGGAAGCAAAAUUCUGCGGCCCUCAUGAUUCAGAAAUGCUUCAGGGGGAGAAAGGAGGUAGAGGCUGAACGCUGCAAAACCAGUGAAAAGUUUUUCUUGACUUAUGGGCAGUAUUGUCAACAUGUCAAUAGGCAGUGCUUUAGCCCAACUUCAAGUUUUCUCAGCCAGCUUAUGUUCUUCUUUAACCCAAGAUACAUGGCUGAUUUUUCUGCCCUUGUGGAGACGUGCCGAUUGCUUCUUGAAUUUGCUCAUGAUAACGCUGGGGACUUAGUGAGCCUAUUUGCGGGCACGGAUUACCCAUCAAAUUAUGGUUUAGUGGAGUACCGGGUUAAGUGUCUUGCUUAUGCGUGCAUUAGUGCAAUCUACGAAAAUAGGAACCAGUUGAAAGAUCAGUUAUUGUCACCUGAAAAAUCGAAUCAAUCCGCAAAUGUCUUACUGGAGGCAAUAAUUUUGUUGAUUGACCUGAGGCUCCCUUGGGCUUGUAACACGCUCUGCUAUUUGUCACAAAGGAAUAUGUAUUCCAUGUUUAGAGAAUUGAUCCUUAUGGGGAAGAAAAACAUUCAAGGUUCUACUGUGAUUCUCUCUACAUUGGAGCGUGUUCUUGCCCAAAUUAUUGCUCACGUGGAUCAGGCAUCAUGCACUUGUUCAAAUGGUGAUCCUAAAUGGAGCUUCACAUGCCAAAUCCUUGCAAUUCCUUUCCUGUGGCGGGUCUUUCCACACCUUAAAGAGAUGUUUGCUGCACCGGGGUUGUGUCAACACUAUGUUCAUCAGAUGGCAGUAUGUGUGAAAGAUUAUAAGAAUUUCCUGCCAGCUGACGUAUCAAGUGAAUUUCCAAGUUAUGCCUGCCUUUUAGGAAAUCUGUUGGAUGUUUCUUGUGUUGCUGUCACUCGGCCUGGUUCUUUGGCUUGGGCUGUAGAUUUUGCAAAUGUUGCAGCAUUUUUGUUGCAAGCACUUCCUCCUCUCGGAACGUCAAAUGAUGGCAGUAAAGAUUCUAAAGUCGGCGAAGAUGAAAUGAUCACCAGUGAUGAGAUAACAGAAAUAGGUGUAAAUAGAGAUCUUGAGCAGCAGAUUUCCAAUGCCUUAGAUCCACGCUUUCUUUUACAAUUGACAAAUGUGCUGUUGGGAGGGCUUUCUAUAAGUGGUUCAAGUAAAGGCAGGCCAGAUUACAAUGAGGUGGCUGCUGUUGCUGCAGCAUGUUCUUUUCUGCAUGUUACUUUUAACAUGUUGCCUCUUGAGCGAAUUAUGACUGUGCUAGCAUAUAGGACUGAACUAGUUCCCAUUCUAUGGAACUUCAUUAAGAGAUGUCAUGAGAAUGAUAUGUGGUCUGCCUUGUCCGAGCAAUCAGUUUAUCUGUCCGUGGACACACCUGGUUGGCUACUACCCUUUGCCGCUUUUUGCCCUGUUUACAAGCAUAUGCUAAUGAUAGUUGAUAAUGAGGAGUUCUAUGAACAGGAGAAGCCUCUCUCUCUAACGGACAUCAGAUUGUUAAUUGUCAUCUUACGACAGGCCUUGUGGCAGAUUAUUUGGCUCAAUCCAAAUGCAACUCCCAACUUCUCAAAUUUGGCCGAAGGUCCUGCUGCUAUGAAGAAGUACCCAAAAGAAUUUCUCCAGCACAGGUUCUCCGUUGUUGCUUCUGAGCUCAUGUCACAGUUGCAAGACUGGAAUAACAGGAGGGAGUUUACCUCCCCAAGUGAUUUCAAUGCCGAUGGUGGCAGUGAUACAUUUAUGUCUCAGGCAAUGCUGGAGAAUACAAGAGCUAAUGACAUUUUAAAACAAGCUCCUUUCUUGAUUCCAUUUACCAGCAGAGUUAAAGUACUUAAUACACAAUUAGCCAAUAAGAAAGCAAGACGUGCUGGUGAUCAUCAGUUUUUCGCUAGAAACAGUUUCAAAAUUAGAAGGGAUCAUAUUUUUGAGGAUGCUUUUAGCCAGUUAAAUACAUUAGCUGAAGAGGAUCUUGGUGGAGUGAUUCGCAUCACUUUUAUCAAUGAAUUUGGAGUCGAGGAGGCAGGCAUUGAUGGUGGUGGAAUUUUCAAAGAUUUCAUGGAGAACAUUACUCGAGCUGCAUUUGAUAUCCAGUAUGGACUAUUUAAGGAAACGGCUGAUCAUCUUCUCUAUCCCAACCCUGGAUCUGGACUGAUGCAUGAGCAGCAUCUUCAGUUUUUUCACUUCAUUGGGACAAUUCUUGCUAAGGCAAUGCAUGAAGGGAUUUUGGUUGAUAUUCCAUUUGCAACUUUCUUCUUAAGCAAAUUGAAGCAAAAGUACAACUACUUGAAUGAUUUACCUUCCCUGGACCCAGAAUUGUAUCGCCAUCUGAUCUAUUUAAAGCGUUAUCAAGGUGACAUAUCUGAAUUAGAGCUGUACUUUGUAAUUGCUAACAAUGAAUAUGGGGAGCAAACUGAAGAAGAGCUUCUUCCCGGAGGAAAAAAUAUCCAAGUCACGAAUGAGAAUGUUAUAACAUUUAUACAUCUAGUAGCUAAUCAUCGAUUGAAUUUUCAGAUACGGAAACAAAGUUCUCAUUUCCUGAGAGGUUUCCAACAGCUGAUUAAUAAAGAGUGGAUUGACAUGUUUAACGAGAACGAGCUUCAGCUUCUAAUAUCUGGAUCUGUCGAUGGAUUUGAUGUCAGUGAUCUCAAAGCUAAUACUAAUUAUGGCGGUGGAUAUCACAAGGAUCACUAUGUGAUUGGAAUGUUCUGGGAAGUUAUUGAGAACCUUAGCCUGGCAAAUCGGAGGAAAAUUUUGAAGUUUGCAACUGGAUGUUCUCGUGGGCCUUUGCUUGGAUUUAAAUAUUUGGAGCCCACAUUUUGCAUACAGAGGACAGCUGGUAAUGCAUCUGAUGAAGCUCUUGACCGGUUGCCAACAUCUGCCACUUGCAUGAAUCUUCUUAAACUUCCUCCUUACAGAAGCAAACAGCAAAUGGAGGAGAAACUACUGUAUGCCAUAAAUUCUGAUGCUGGUUUCGACUUAAGUUGA